UGUCAAUUCAAUCCUCCACGGCCUGUUCCGCCAAAAAGUUCACUCCUCCCUCAACCGCCAAACGACGACAAUUCGAUUGCCCUGGUGAGCAUCACAUUCAUCAGGUGAGUACCGCAAAUCCGUUGCUUCUGUCUUUUACACACGCCAUCUACUCGCCAUCUUUACCAGCACAACGCUGUCUCAGCGCUCGCCUGCUCGAUUCGCCCGCCGCAUCGUCACCGCCGGCCUCACCACCACUUGCUGCGAAGGAAACAUCCAAGCUAACAUCUGCCUUUCUCGUCAUUAGAAACCGCAAUCAUGGGUAUCUCUCGCGACUCCCGUCACAAGCGUUCCGCCUCCGGCGCCAAGCGUUCCUACUACCGGAAGAAGCGCGCUUUCGAGGCUGGCCGCCAGGGUGCCAACACCAAGAUCGGCGCCAAGCGCGUGCACACCGUCCGCACCCGCGGCGGUAACCACAAGUACCGUGCCCUCCGUCUCGACUCUGGCAACUUCGCCUGGGGCUCCGAGGGCUGCACCCGCAAGACCCGUGUCAUUGCCGUGGCCUACCACCCUUCCAACAACGAGCUCGUCCGCACCAACACCCUGACCAAGUCCGCCGUCGUCCAGAUCGAUGCCGCUCCCUUCCGUCAGUGGUACGAGGCCCACUACGGCCAGGGCAUCGGCCGUCGCCGCCAGCGUGCCCAGGCCGCCAAGGACGGCAAGACCGAGGAGGAGGAGAAGAAGAGCAAGGCUGUCGAGAAGAAGCAGUCCGAGCGCUUCGCCAAGCAGGGCAAGGUCGAGAGCGCCAUCGAGAAGCAGUUCGAGGCCGGUCGUCUGUUCGCCGUUGUCUCCAGCCGCCCCGGCCAGUCUGGCCGCUGUGACGGCUACAUCCUCGAGGGUGAGGAGCUCGCCUUCUACCAGCGCAAGCUUCACAAGUAAAAGGGUCGCCAAAAUGGAUUGUUCCGUCGGCGACAAGUGGUUGGCAUGGUGUUCACGGAUAUCUCUUUGAUUUGGCAACAGGUGCCAGUAGAAAGAGCUUCACGCACGCAUCGGGAUGGCUUCAUAGGGAAUGACCAAUUUCACGCGAUCAAAAAGGGGGCGUUUCAUGCAUUUAGGUGAUCAAAAC